AUGCUUCCUUUCGAUGACGCGGAAAAGGCGUGUAGUUUAAAGGAUGGACAUCUCGCCUAUGUUCCCGAUCGAGAAACCAAUGAUUUUCUCGUGAAUGCUUUUGGCAGUGAAAUCGGUGGACGAGUGUGGAUCGGCUUGAAAUUCAACGCGAAUUACGAGAAAUGGCAAUGGACCAAUGGAAAACCGGCCGGCUAUCAUCAUGCCGAUAAUAUUCCCUUUCACUCUUAUCAAGUCGCCAUUACGAUUGUAAAUUCGGGUCAAUGGGUCGAGGAAAGUCUUGGCAAUUCACACGCGAGAAUCUGUGAAUUCCCCCACGCAAGAGAUGAGGUGGCAAACGAUACGAUGCACAGUUUGAUGUUCAUCUCGGAUAUCCUCAACACAAUGGAGAGCAAUCUUACCGAUGCAAGAGAGGAUAUCGAUCUUUUAUUGGAUCAACUCCUCGAAGCGAAUACCGUACUCGCGGGAAAUCAUCGAGAUCUCAUUCAAGCUGACAAUUUCACAAAACAAACAUUUCGUGACUCUUUACAACAAUUUGUUAUCGAAUUUCAACGAGAAGAGAGCUCAACCCGGACACAAUUCCUUUUCACCAGUUUCCUCAUUUUGACAUCUUUAACAGGUUUUCUGGCAUUUGUAGCGUAUCGGAAAAAUUGGAUUCAAAUGGGCAAAGUGUCUUCAAUUUUUAAAUUGCCGAAAUUUCGUUCGAAUUCGAAUAACGACAACAAUCCGAUCGUAAAUCAAAGUUAUGUGGAGAAUGUG